AAGACAAUAACAGUCUAGAGAACCCUAGACUAAUGUUGUCUGCGCCUUACAGUCAUAUCAGGUGCGAACAAGAGGCAAGCGUCGCCUCCAUCUUCAGUCCGGUGGCUGCACCGGCAGACGUAUGAAAGAGUCGGGAAGCGCCCAAUCAAGACAUAAUCUACGAGCAAAGGCAGAAUAACGAACGGAUCUGGACUGACAUCGGAAUAAUUUUGGAGGAGACAAAAUUAAGUGCUAAUACUUUGUCUGUAAUGGCGGUUUCAUAUUUCCAAUCUCUUGUUAAAGUUCCUCCAUCCUGUUCUGGUUCCAAAUGUCGCGUACACACCCUUCAGAGACAGAAGAGGUGUUGCAUUGUCUCCGCUUCUAUUCGAAACUCGGAUACUGAUAAUAAUGCCCUUACAUCAAAGGUGGAUAUAUUGUUAGACAAUGUGAAAUGGGAUGCCAAGGGUUUGGCGGUGGCAAUAGCUCAAAAUGUUGACACGGGAGCUAUCUUAAUGCAAGGGUUCGUGAACAGGGAUGCACUGGCAAGAACCAUUUCCUCUCGUAAGGCAACAUUCUAUAGCAGGUCACGAUCCACACUAUGGACAAAGGGAGAGUCCUCCAUGAAUUUCAUCAAUGUUCAUGACAUUUUUCUUGAUUGUGAUCGUGACUCUUUAAUAUACCUAGGGAAGCCUGAUGGCCCUACUUGCCACACAGGCUCAGAGACUUGCUAUUACACAUCAGUUUUUGAUUUCUUAAAUAAUCCGCAGGCUGAAGAAAAGAAGAUGGCAUUGACAACUCUGUACUCAUUGCAAUCCACAAUCCUCCAAAGGAAAGCUGAACUAUCAAGAUCACAAAAUGAGAAACCUUCUUGGACAAAACGACUAUUGCUUGAUGACAAGUUAUUGUGCUCAAAAAUCCGGGAAGAAGCAGAUGAGUUAUGUCGAACACUGGAGGAGAAUGAGGACAAGUCACGAACUGCCUCAGAAAUGGCAGAUAUGCUUUAUCAUGCAAUGGUUCUACUGGUGCUCAGAGGUGUUGAAGCAGAAGAGGUUCUACAAGUCCUUAGACACAGAUUUUCACAAACAGGCAUCGAGGAAAAGAGAAAUCGCAAGUCGAACGCUGAGCAUUGAGAUUAGCUGCAAGUGAAUUUCUUUCAACCACUGCAUUGCAGGUCCAUGACUUCAUAUAUAGAAUGAACGGUGAUGAAAUUUCACAAAAACAUUUAGCUAAUCUAGAACAAAUUGCCAUAUCUUGCAAUUUUAUAUAGCAUACUUCAUGUGUUGUGUUUCAUUUGAUUUUUAUUCCUGAGCGCCAGUGAUUUAUCUCAAUUUACUGGUGACCACAUGGUCUUUAUUUAUUUAUUAUAAUUACAAACUAUGCAGGUGGGGGGUUUGCUUGCUUAUGGAACA